AUGGAGAAAGUCAGUACUUUUGCGGAGCGGUCGUCUUCGGCGUCGGCGGAAAACGUGCUUUCUUAUGGAUCUUUAGUUGGACAAGUAAGUCAAAACGGAGCUUCAGUGGGAAACGGAGGGUCAGACAGUUAUUUGAGACUUAAAAAGCUGGAGAAAGAAUACGAAUUGCUUCAAUUGCAAGAAGACUAUAUUAAGGAUGAACAGCGUCAUCUCAAGAGGGAGCUUAUGCGCGCACAAGAAGAAGUGAAAAGAAUCCAGUCCGUUCCCCUAGUCAUCGGUCAAUUUCUGGAACCCAUCGACGAAAAUACAGGUAUAGUAUCGAGCACCACCGGAAUGAGUUACGUGGUAAGAGUGUUAUCGACACUUGACAGAGAACUCUUGAAGCCGUCGACAUCUGUCGCGUUGCACCGGCAUUCGAACGCGCUGGUGGACAUCUUACCACCGGACUCAGAUUCGAGUAUUUCGAUUAUGGGCGCAAAUGAGAAGCCAGAUGUGACAUACGCAGACGUGGGUGGUCUAGACAUGCAAAAACAGGAAAUUCGGGAAGCCGUCGAGCUGCCUUUGGUGCAAGCUGACCUGUAUCAACAAAUUGGUAUCGACCCUCCCAGGGGUGUGUUACUAUAUGGACCUCCAGGUACUGGUAAGACGAUGUUGGUCAAAGCGGUCGCGAAUAGCACCAAUGCGGCUUUCAUCAGAGUCAACGGUUCCGAAUUUGUGCACAAAUACCUGGGCGAAGGUCCCCGAAUGGUGCGGGAUGUGUUCAGACUUGCAAGAGAAAACGCACCCUCGAUCAUUUUUAUCGAUGAGGUGGAUUCUAUUGCUACCAAAAGAUUCGAUGCGCAAACGGGGUCCGAUCGUGAAGUGCAGCGUAUUUUGAUCGAACUGCUGACACAAAUGGAUGGUUUCGACCAAAGCGUUAACGUGAAAGUCAUAAUGGCGACAAACAGAGCCGACACAUUAGACCCUGCCCUCCUGCGGCCCGGAAGACUCGAUAGGAAAAUAGAAUUUCCCUCCCUGCGUGACAGACGCGAGCGUCGUUUGAUUUUCGGCACCGUGGCGGCGAAAAUGUCAUUGGCACCCGAGGUCGAUUUAGACUCAUUGAUAAUCCGUAACGAUCCAUUGUCGGGUGCUCUCAUUGCUGCGAUUAUGCAAGAAGCUGGCUUGCGUGCUGUGAGAAAAAACAGGUAUGUCAUUUUACAAAGCGACCUGGAAGAAGCAUACGCUGCCCAAGUGAAAUCGAGCAGCGACGUGGAUAAAUUCGAAUUCUAUAAGUAG